UACCACUCAGUGCUGCAAGAAUAUCUGUGUUAAUUGUUAAUUGUUUGUGAUAACCAGCAACCAUGAUUAAGAUUGUUAUUGUUUUGGUAACUUCAACAUUGUUAUGUCAAGCUGCAGUUGUAAAAGAAUCCUGUAAUACACCGGAAGGCAAAGAGGGUCUUUGUAUCUGCUUACGGAAGUGCCCAUCGAUUUCUUCAAUGUCUACCGACUUCGACACUCCAAUGACAAUUGAAAGACUGAAUUACCUUAUAGAUUCACUUUGUGGAUAUGCUGAUAAGUCUCCAAAAGUCUGUUGUCCAGUUGAGGAAGUCACGAUGAUAAAAACAGAGGUAACAACAAAUUCAGAAAUUCAAACUACUUUAUCAACUAGUGAGGAAACAACAACAUCGAUACAAAUUGGAUAUGAAACGACAAGCUCCAAUGAAAUUAGGUAAACAUAGUUUCCAAAACGACUAUGGACAUGAAGAGCAUUUUAUGGAAACAACUUUUGUGCGAGUUCAUUAAAAUUUCCGUCCUAUGUUAUUGUACAUAAUAUAUUUAUAUUUAUUUAUUUAUAUUGUUGGUAU